CCUGACAGCCCGCUGCGGCGCUGCGUCAGCUGAUCUUGGAGUGGCGCUGCGUGCCGGCCGAUCGGGGUUCUCCGGUCCCGCCGCAGCCAUGUCGUCCUUCCCGGAGCUUUAUUUCAACGUGGACAAUGGCUAUUUGGAGGGACUAGUGCGCGGCCUGAAGGCCGGGGUGCUCAGCCAGACGGACUACCUCAACCUGGUGCAGUGCGAGACGCUGGAGGACCUGAAGCUGCACCUGCAAAGCACUGACUAUGGCAACUUCCUGGCCAACGAGGCGUCACCCCUGACAGUGUCAGUCAUCGAUGACCGGCUCAAGGAGAAGAUGGUGGUGGAGUUCCGCCACAUGAGGAACCAUGCCUACGAGCCGCUCGCCAGCUUCCUGGACUUCAUUACCUACAGCUACAUGAUUGACAACGUAAUCCUGCUCAUCACGGGCACGCUGCACCAGCGCUCCAUCGCCGAGCUCGUGCCCAAGUGCCAUCCCCUGGGCAGCUUUGAGCAGAUGGAGGCCGUGAACAUUGCGCAGACGCCCGCCGAGCUCUACAAUGCCAUCCUGGUGGACACGCCCCUGGCGCCUUUUUUUCAGGACUGCAUCUCAGAGCAGGACCUGGAUGAGAUGAACAUCGAGAUCAUCCGCAACACCCUCUACAAGGCCUACCUGGAGUCCUUCUACAAGUUCUGCACCCUCCUGGGUGGGACCACAGCUGAUGUCAUGUGCCCCAUCUUGGAGUUUGAAGCUGACCGCCGCGCCUUCAUCAUCACCAUCAACUCCUUCGGCACGGAGCUCUCUAAGGAAGACCGUGCCAAGCUGUUUCCACACUGCGGGCGGCUCUACCCUGAGGGCCUGGCCCAGCUGGCUCGGGCUGACGACUAUGAGCAGGUCAAGAACGUGGCUGACUACUACCCGGAGUACAAGCUGCUCUUUGAGGGUGCAGGCAGCAACCCCGGAGACAAGACUCUGGAGGACCGAUUCUUUGAGCAUGAGGUCAAACUGAACAAGUUGGCCUUCCUGAACCAGUUCCACUUUGGUGUCUUCUAUGCUUUCGUGAAGCUGAAGGAGCAGGAGUGCCGCAACAUCGUGUGGAUUGCCGAGUGCAUCGCCCAGCGCCACCGCGCCAAGAUCGACAACUACAUCCCCAUCUUCUAGCGCCCUGGCCUCAGGCUCCACACACGCGUGUGUGUUCCCAUGUGUGUGGCAUCUGGCUCACAGCCUGCCCCAGGGGGUAGCACUGUCCUAGUGGCUGCCCAGCGCCCCCCACGCUCUGAGACUGCUCUUGGGCCUGAAAGGGGCUGGGUUUCUGCUCCCCCCACCAAGCCCCACCUCCAGAGCGAGGAGCCCCUCAGCCCUGUUUACAGCCGCUGACAUGUCUGAGAAGCAUGUGGUCACUUUUGUGUGUCCCCCCAACCUGAGGGCCCCCUGGGGGCAGCGUGAGCCUCCUCUCCCUUCUGUGGGUCCCCCGCCAGUGCUGUGGCCCAAGGGAAGGGUGGGGGGGGGCAGUAGCUCUGAAACCCCCUCCUUCAGCACUGUCCUGUGAGACAAUAAACUGUCCUCUCUA